UUGAAGGGAUCAAUCCAGAUGAGUUCCUCGAUAUUCUCAGCUGUGACGAUGAGUUACUCGAUGAUGUUCUUGUUUGGCACGAACCACCUCAGAAACGUCUCCCCCCAUUGCUACUUGCACGCUUACGUCACGAUUUGGGAAGUUUCUUGGUGGAGAGAGGUUCACAAGGUUCAAUUCUGGUGUCACUGUAUCAUCGGCAGUUCUGGGAAGUGGCUCAACGUCGUUACCUUUCCGGAGAUGCAUGGAAAGAGACUCACUCUAAGAUUGCAAGAUAUUUUUCUGGAAGUUUCCACAAUGAGUUUAAGAAUCGAAGCAUUAGAGCCCAGCCAUUGGCAUAUAGCAAGGAAUCAUUGAAUAUCCGCAAAAUAAGUCAAUUGUUAUCAAAUCACAUCGCAGCUCAAGAAUUCGACAAGUUGCGUGACGUGAUAUGCAAUUUAAAGUUCGUACAAGCUAAGUGCAUGGCUGACAUGGCUUAUGACUUACUGUCUGAAUGCACCAGAGCAGUUGCUGAAGUUCGCAGGUUGAAUGAAGAUGUCAAGCAGCUGGAUCUAGGAAUUGUUAAAGAUCUAGAAGAAAUGCUAGAAUUUCUGAGAAGAGAAACUUAUAUCAUCAGCAAAACUCCGCUGUUAGUCUACCAACAAACCCAGAAUGCCCCAAAGGGCACAGCUCCAGAGAAGGCAGCAACUAAAUUGAAAGAGCAAUUCACUGCUGAUGUGGAGCCGUACAUAACAAAGCCAACAGGAUGGAUUGAAUAUAUGAAUAAACCCUCUGAAUGCGAAGCUUACAAACAGCAGCUAAGUGGUCAUCAAAACACUGUUCUCUCUGUCUCAUUUUCCAAAGAUGGCAAUUCAAUUUAUUCAGCCUCUGUAGACAAAACUGUUCGAGUAUGGAAUAGACACACAGGUGAUUUAAAAGGUCAACUCGAAGGUCAUAAUGGUGCAGUCACAUGUGUCAGGUUUUCUCCAACAGAAGAAGAUGUUGCUACAAGUUCUGGUGAUUUAAGCAUCCAUUUGUGGGACCCAAAGACAUACCAACAGAGACGUGUGAUUGAAAAUGCCCACAAGAUGUGGAUCAACUGCAUCUCAUACUCACCUGAUGGUAAGAAAUUAAUAUCAUCAUCACUGGACAAAAAAUUAAAAAUUUGGGAUGUUGCAUCAGGUCAUAUGAAGAGCGAGCUUAUUGGUCAUGAAGGUCAUGUGAUUUUUUGUGAUUGGUCCCCGAUCGAUGAUAAUAAAGUGGCAUCUUGUGGAGAUAACCUGGAGCUGUAUAUUUGGGAUGUGAAGAAACGGUCAACCAUGCUUACACUGGUAGGUCAUAAAAUCAAAGACAACGUCAAUUUCCCUGCUUCAGAUCGCUUGGAAGGGCAUAAAAUCCUUGACUAUAAAUCCGCAAUCUGGUGUGUCCGAUUUUCUCAUAAUGGUAAGAUGUUAGCGUCUGCAGCUGUCGACUCAAGUGCCAUAGUUUACAAUGCUAUCACUGGUGACCAAAUGGCAAGAUUCCGUCUACCCAAUGAUGCUUCAUCAGUUGCAUUUUCACCUGAUGACCAGUUACUGGUGGCGAGCUCGUCAAGUCACAUGUCAGUCCAUCUGUAUAAUAUCAUAAAGAAAGAAAACCUGGCUUUAUUAGGUGGUCAUUCCGGGUGGGUGAUGGAUGUCACCAUGUCACCAGAUUCUAAGCUGAUCGCAUCUGUAUCACAAGAUAAAUCAAUCAGAAUUUGGGAUGCUGCUGCAGCAGAGAAAUUAACCCGAUUGCGAUUUCACUCAGAGAGAUGUUGGAGUGUGUCCUAUUCACCUGAUGGAAAAUGGUUGGCAUCCUCAUCUGACGACUUCAAGGUAUGUGUGUGGAACAUGGAAAAAUAUGAACCAUCUUUGAUAUAUGAGGGACAUGACAGGAAACGUACGUUCUCAUGUGGUGUGCGUGCCUGCACUUUCUCCAAUAGCAGUGAAUUGGUAGCCAGUGGUGGUGAUGAUUUAACUAUAAGAGUUUGG